AGCCUAGGGUUUGGCCAUCGACACAAUCUCCUUCCAUAGCUCUCUGUAACCUGGCUUCUUCUCCUGGCGAACACUGAGCGGCGGGAAUCGAACCAGCGGCGGCGAUCUAUUACCAGCGGUGGAAAUCGCAGCAGGGAUUUUUGCGAUGCACCGUGUGGGCAGUGCUGGGAACACAUCCAAUUCAACUCGUCCUCGCAAGGAGAAGAGGUUAACAUAUGUGAUCAGUGAUGCUGAUGACACUAAGCACUGUGCAGGCAUAAAUUGCUUGGCUAUAUUGAAGUCAUCAGUACCUGAUGGCUGUGACUAUCUAUAUACUGGAAGCCGAGAUGGGACUUUGAAGAGGUGGGCACUGGCUGAAGAUGCUGCAACCUGCUCUGCCACAUUUGAGUCUCAUGUUGAUUGGGUUAAUGAUGUUGUCCUUGUAGGUGAUAAUACCCUUGUUUCAUGCUCCUCAGACACAACUCUCAAGACAUGGAAUUGCUUGUCUGAUGGAAUUUGUAGCAGAACUCUCCGUCAGCACUCUGACUAUGUUACUUGUCUUGCUUCGGCAGAGAAAAAUAGCAAUAUUGUUGCCUCUGGUGGGCUUGGAGGGGAGGUUUUCAUAUGGGAUCUUGAAGCUGCACUUGUUCCAGUCUCAAAGUCAGUUGAUACAAUGGAGGAUGAUUGUCAAAAUGGUGUAAUUAGUUCUGGCAACUCUGGGAUGCCAAUUACAAGCCUUCGUUCAAUUAGUUCAUCCACCACCGUUUCUCUCCAUAUGACCCACUCACAUGGUUAUGGUCCUAUUGCUGCCAAAGGCCAUAAAGAGUCAGUAUAUGCAUUGGCAAUGAAUGAAAAUGGAAGUCUACUUGUUUCUGGGGGAACUGAAAAGGUAGUGCGUGUUUGGGAUUCAAGAACUGGUUCAAAGACUAUGAAACUAAGAGGCCAUACAGAUAAUAUUAGGGCUCUGCUUUUGGAUCCUUCUGGCAGGUUUUGCUUAUCAGGAUCCUCUGAUUCCAUGAUCAGACUGUGGGACCUCGGUCAGCAGCGAUGUGUGCAUUCUUAUGCUGUACAUACAGAUUCUGUUUGGGCGCUUGCAAGCAGUCCAACAUUCAGUCAUGCUUAUAGUGGUGGGAGGGACCUUUCUGUAUACGUGACAGAUUUGGCAACAAGAGAGAGUGUUUUGCUUUGCACAAAAGAACACCCUAUUUUGCAACUUGCUUUGCAUGAUGACAGCAUAUGGGUUGCAACAACAGAUUCUUCUGUACAUAGGUGGCCAGCUGAUGGACGUAACCCUCAUAAGGUUUUCCAAAGAGGUGGUUCAUUCUUGGCUGGCAACUUGUCCUUUAGCAGGGCAAGAGCUUGCUUGGAAGGGUCUACUGCUGUCCCUGUUUACAAAGAACCAUCAUUUACUAUACCUGGAACUCCAGGAAUUGUGCAGCAUGAAAUUUUAAAUAAUAGAAGACAUGUCUUGACUAAGGAUACUGCUGGAUCAGUGAAGCUAUGGGAGAUCACCAGGGGCAUUGUGGUUGAGGACUAUGGCAAGGUUUCGUUUGAGGAGAAGAAGGAAGAGCUGUUUGAGAUGGUAAGUAUUCCUGCGUGGUUUACUACAGAUACCAGGCUUGGAAGCUUGUCCAUCCAUUUGGAUACGCCACAAUGCUUUUCUGCAGAGAUGUACUCUGCUGAUCUGAACAUAGCUGGGAAACCUGAAGAUGAUAAGGUCAAUCUAGCACGUGAGACCCUUAAGGGUUUAUUGGUUCAUUGGUUGGCCAAAAGAAGGCAAAGGUCUGGACAACAAGCUUCAGCAAAUGGUGAUCCAUCAGCAAGGGAUAUGGCUGUUAGAAGCCAUACUCACUCAAGAGUUGAGAUUGAUGGUAACAUGGAGAAUGACUUUAUGGUCUAUCCUCCAUUUGAGUUUUCGACAGUUUCCCCACCUUCUAUAAUUACUGAAGGCUCUCAUGGAGGUCCAUGGAGAAAGAAAAUAACUGAGUUGGAUGGCAGUGAAGAUGAGAAGGACUUUCCAUGGUGGUGUCUGGAUUGUGUUUUGAAUAAUCGGUUACCACCCAAAGAAAAUACCAAGUGCAGCUUUUACUUACAUCCAUGUGAAGGUUCAACAGCCCAAGUUCUUACACAAGGGAAACUGAGUGCACCUCGGAUACUGCGGAUACAUAAAGUUAUUAACUAUGUCGUAGAAAAGAUGGUUCUUGACAAGCCAUUGGAUGGUGGAAAUUCUGAUGGAACAUUUGCUCCAGGUUUGCCUGGAGGACAAUCACAACUCGCAACACUUGGAGGGGAUGGCUCCUUCCGCCCUGGCUUGAAGCCCUGGCAAAAGCUAAAACCUUCCAUAGAGAUUUUGUGCAAUAACCAGGUCUUAUCUCCUGACAUGAGCUUAGCAACAGUUCGAGCAUAUAUAUGGAAAAAGAGUGAUGACCUAGUCCUCAAUUACAGAGUAAUACAAGGUCGAUGAUUCCUUAAUGAGAUGUUUGUGGAGUUGGAUUUUCUCGCCUGUUGCGAUGGAACCACCAUUUGCUAGGCAUGUAAAUUACGGGACUGUAACUGAAUUCUCCAGGGCUGCUGGUUGUGAUCAGAACUGGUUUUCCUGUAAAUUUGGAAAGCUGAUCAGUUGAUGAAGUGUCAUUGAAAUUUGCAGAUUUUCCAUGGAGAAAAUUCCUAGCUCGAUGCUUGAUAUUUCAAUACAUUAUUUGUGAUACGAGCAUGCAGGUGGGUGGUUAUUGGUGAGGAUGUAUGCAUUUUCAGCACAGUUAGCUAGGUCCGAGAGGUUGCGCGAUUGUGAAGGAGAAAAACAGGAUGUGGAGAAUGUGAAAGAGCACGGGUUUACCCCCACUAAAGGAGCAUUUAGGUUAGAGAUAAAGAUGAUAACGAAAGCUAUGUACUGAUCAAAAAAGUAAAAAAAAAAAAAGAAAAAGAUGUCGAAAGCUGUGUAGAUGUGGCGGUGCCUAACAGAACUCUCUCUUUGAGGAAGUAAUUAGAUCUGUUGGAUAUAAAAUAAUCUCUGUUUUUGUCAAACAGGUUAUUCAAUAUAUAUUUAUUUAUUCAUUUUCA